AUGCAUUCGACUCGCCAUGUUUUGCGUCAACGGGCGGUCUUCGUCACGGGUGUGAGGACGCCGUUUGUCAAGUCCUUUGGUGCUCUGAUGAAGGCAGACACCCUGCAGCUGGCCAGCGCCUCCGUAGCUGGACUUCUCAACAAGACGUCGUUGGAUCCCAAUGAAAUUGAUCACAUCGUGUGGGGAAACGUUGUGCUUCAAGGAAACGCACACAACUGCGCACGUGAGAUAGUGAUUGAUCUUAACUUGCCGAAGAAAAUCACCGGGAAUCUCACAAGUAUGGCAUGUGCGAGUGGGCUCAGCUCGCUCGCACAGGCAUGCAUGCUGGUCGAGGGUGGGCAUGCUGAUGUUGUCAUUGCCGGUGGCAGCGACAGCGUCAGCAACGCAGAGGUUCCACUGCCACGGUCGGUGACUCACGGGAUGAUGAUGGCUCAGAAGAAGGGGAUUAUGGGGUUCUUCAAGGAGGCGGGGUACAAUCCGUCCAAGUGGUUUCCAAGCGGCGUUGCACUGACAGAACGGAGCACUGGGAAAACCAUGGGGUGGCACGGAGAUGUCAUUGCGGAGCUGAACAACAUCUCGCGCAAGGACCAGGAAGCUCUCGCGGUGACGUCACACGCUAACGCUGUCUUGGCUGAAAGGGCGGGGUACUUCAAAGACGAAGUUGUCCCGGUCACGGUUGAUAAAGGAGGCAGGAAAACCGAGGUGAUGCUCGACGACGUUCUGCAACGCGACACCGAUAAAAUGAAAGACAAGAUGCCGACGCUGAAGCCAACCUUUCGCAAAGACAAGGGAACAAUCACGGCUGCCACGUCAAGCACCUUGACAGACGGAGGUAGCGCGAUGCUUGUCAUGUCCGAGGAGAAAGCAAAGAAGCUCGGAUACCAGACUGACGUUUCUGUCAAGAGCUGCUACUUCUCCGGAAUAGACCCUUAUCCGCAGCUCCUCCUUGCCCCUGUUCUCGGGUGGGGCCCAGCGCUGAAGAGAGCGUGUCUGACACCGAAGGACAUAGAUCUCUACGAGAUUCAUGAGGCCUUCGCGGCUCAGGUGCUCGCAACGAUCAAGUGCCUACGGUCGCAGGAGUUCUUCAGCAGGUAUGCUAGCGGCUCCAAACCUGUUCUCAUGGAGGAUAUUGACCGAUCGAAGCUGAAUGUGAAUGGGGGAUCUCUGGCAUUGGGCCACCCGUUCGCUGCAACUGGUGGUCGGAUCGUGACUUCACUUGCCAACGAGCUGCGACGGUCCGGCAAGCGUCACGGGCUUGUGAGCAUUUGCGCUGCUGGGGGUCUCGGUGGUGUUGCCAUUCUAGAGCACACCCCAAGUGGGAGGAUUGCAAUCGACGUCUUCGCGGUACUUGUUUCUUUCCUUUGGUAUUGUCGAAGCCCAUACACGAGGCAUUGCAUUUCCCUUUCUCUCACUUUUCAUUCUACCGUCUUUUCGGUUGAAAGUGUAUCAGCAAGAAUGAUAUGA